AUGGGUUCUUCAGCGUCCAAGCCUGAGACAAAGGUUUUCUCCCCCAAAGCACCAGUUGACUACAGUGCUUCAUUUUUAUCCCAUUUAGAGAACUCUCAAGAAUCUGACUACACCCGGGCCCAGUUCACUGAAAGUUAUAUCCAAGAGAGGGUGGCAGCUGAGUUGCAAAAAUUGGAGCUGGAGGCUAUAACGAAGUAUCAGGCCUCAGCGUCCGACGCAUUGUUGAAAGAUGGAAGCGAUGGUGCUUCUUACAGUGCUUCAAACGAUAAACUUCUCGCCCUCUCAAAGACCUUGCAGGAUAAUGCUUCUCUGAUCAAAAUUGAGCUUGAUGAGCCAGUCGUGAUUGCCAGACAAGAGGUGAUAAGCUGCUUGAAAACCAAUAAAGGAAAGGCUCUCAACUGCUGGGACGAGGUCGAGCAGUUUAAGAAGUUAGUCCACAAUUUGUAG